AUGAAGCUGUGUAAGUCAUCGGAAGAUUGCCGAAUUGCGAACAGUACAGUGAGUUUCUGUGCAUUUCCGGCUCUUCUGGGUAAUAUGUCGUUUAUGAGGAUAACACUCAAACGUAAUGCUCCAGUGAUGCUCUAUGUUGCUCUUGCUAUGAUCAAUGCAAUUCCGUGCAUUUAUCUUGAUGGACAAAAUAUAUGCUCCACACUUAUAGACAUUGUUUUCAGAAGCUGCUCAACACGGCGCGUUUUGUUAAAAAAUGAAAGUUUUUCUUGA